UGGGCCCUUUCGGCAGCACCUGGUGAAUUCCAGCUGGGAAGCAGUGAAGGAGCUCUCCAAGAUGGGCCUGGAGACUGACAUGGAGGUGGAGCUGAGGACUCUCCAGCUGCCUGUAGAUUACAGGGAGGUGAAGCAGAGGGUCACCAGAAUCUGGAAAGAUUUUCAGCCACAACUCGUUGUGCAUGUGGGUGUGGACACUUCGGCCAAGGCAAUUUUUCUGGAACAAUGUGGCAAGAACCAUGGCUACCAAGAUGGUGACAUCCAGGGCUUCCGGCCGGAGGGAGGUGUGUGCCUGUCUGGUGGCCCGGAAGUGAUUGUGUCAAGGGUCAGCAUGAAGGCGGUCUGCAAACGCGUUGCCAUUGAGGAUGUGGAGGUGAUCUUUUCUCGAGAUGCAGGCAGGUACGUCUGCGAUUACACCUACUACCUGUCUCUGCAUCAUGGAAACGGGCAUGCGGCACUCAUCCAUGUCCCUCCACUUUCACGUGGGUUCCCAGCCAGCCUGCUGGGAAAAGCCUUGAAAGUCAUCAUCCAGGAAAUGCUGGAGGUGAGUGGGAAAGCCCCAGCUCAAAGCCAGGAUCGCAGAGAACUGAACCACACUGAUCCCACCCAAAGGGAACCAGUUGGGGAAUGUCUCCUUUAGAGAAAAAUAAAUGUUCAGUCCUACGUGCAGAGUUCAAUUAUGCCUUGAGAGGCUUUUAAAAAUUGCUUGUAAAACAGUUUACACAGAGGGAAAAAAUUCUGAAUUCGCUCAACAAAAUCAGUUAUUUUAUUGUCAGAAGUAAGAAGAACUCUCUAAAAGGCAGAUGUUUCACAAGGGAUUAACUAGCUUCCGUUAUGGUUUUUAUGACAAUAAAAUGAAAUCCCAGUAAUUUUUUUUUCUCCUUCUAAAAGACUGUGCAGUGGGGCUGUGAGAUCCUGCCCAGGCUUGAGGACCACAGGCCAUGGAGGCACAGGUGCAGCCGCUCCUCUAAGUUCAGUGUGUGGUUUUUCCCUGUCUUGUUUUGCUACUCGUCUUACCUAUUUUGAAGUAUAUAGUUUAGUGACAUUCAGCACACCAAUGCUGUUGUGCAGCCAUCACCACCAGCCCUCUCUAGGGCUUUCUCACCGCUCUGGACCAAAACUCUACCCAUAUACAAGAGCUACCUAUUCCUUCUCUCCCCAGCCUUUAGCAACCACCAUUAUACCAUCCAUCUCUAUGAACUCAAUUAGGUACCUAAUAUGAGUAUGUGUCUUUUUUGUGUUUUAUUUCAUUUAUUAUAAUGUCCUCAAGUUUCUUCAGUGUUGUAACAGAUGAUAUGACUUCAUUGUUUUCUAAGGCUAAACAAUAUACCAUUAUAUGUCCCUGCCACAGUUGGCUCUUCCAUUCACCUAUGGACGGACACUUGGAUGGCUUCCAUCUUUUGGGUAUGGCUAAUAAUACUGCUGUGAAAAUUGGCCUCCAAAUGUGUGUUCAGGCCCCUGAUUUCAGUUCUUUUGUGUAUAUACACAGAAUAAAUUGCUGGAGCAAAUGAGAAUUCUGUGUUUAAUUUUUUUUAGGAACUGCCGUAUUGGU